UUCAAGGAUCCAUCGGUACUUAAAUAUUUUUUCCUUACUGAAAUCGGCAAAAUUGGCCGAGUUUAUAUGAAACAUUUAAAUUCCAUAUACAUGAGAAGCCGGGAGUCGCUUCCUAAGAUAUUCGAAGCCUGCAGAGACGCCCACUCCGUAGCUCAGCUCCACUCGCUCCUCAUCCGGACCGGCCUCCUUGCCGCUCCCGACUGCUUCUUUGCCACCCGCCUCACCGCUUCCUACGCCCGCAUCGCUCAUCUCGAGUCUGCCCGCAAGGUCUUCGACGAAAUCCCCCAUCCAAACACCUUCCUCUGGAACGCCAUCCUCCGCGCCCACUCCCGCGCCCACCAAUGGCCCGAAACCCUCAGCCUCUUUCACCGUAUGUACCGCUCCUCCCCGCCACAUCACCGCCCCGAUGCCUUCACUCUGCCCAUUGCCCUCAAGGCCUGUGCGGCCCUCUCCGCGCUCGGCACUGGCAAAGCCGUCCAUGGACUUUUUGUCAAGACCCACCGUGCCAGCUCCGAUAUGUUCGUGGGCGCGGCACUUGUCGAGAUGUAUGCGAAAUUCGGGGACAUGGGUUAUGCUCUCCGGGUGUUUGAGGGAUUUCCAGAGCCGGAUGUUGUGCUUCGGACUUCAAUGGUUUCUGGGUACCAGCAGAAUGGUGAGGCUGAUAUGGCUGUGUCGUUCUUCUGUCAAAUGUUCGUGGGGAAAUCUGUGACUCCUGAUCCAGUGACCCUUGUCAGUGUGGUAUCUGCUCUUGGGCUGCUAGGGGAUCUUCGUUCUGGAAAAUCCUGCCAUGGGUUUGUGAUUAGAAUGGGUAUUGAGUCCGACUUGUCUCUGAUGAAUUCUAUUUUGAAUCUAUAUGCGAAGCUGGGUGUGGUCGGUAUGGCAAAAAGAUUGUUUGAGGUGAUGCCUCGAAGAGAUGUGAUCACUUGGAGUUGUAUGGUAGCUUGUUAUGCUCAAAAUGGGAGUCCUAUUGAAGCUUUGAAUGUUUAUAGGAGGAUGAAUGAUGUGGGAUUGGAGCCUAAUUCGGUUACUUUGAUUAGUGCUCUUCAAGCAUGUGCACUUGCUUUAGUUCUGGAAGAAGGCAAAAGGGUGCAUGAACUUGUGCUUCAGAAAGGAUUCGAAUCAGAGUUGGCUGUUUCCACUGCUUUGAUUGAUAUGUACAUGAAGUGUUCAAGUUACAGCGAGGCGAUGGAUAUCUUCAAUCGAAUGCCAAAGAAGGAUGCGGUCUCCUGGGCUGCCAUCAUUGGUGGUUAUGCUCAAAAUGGUUUGCCCGAUGAGUCCUUGAGAGUGUUUAAAGGUAUGCUUUUGGAUGGAUCGAUUCCUGAUGCAGUUAUAAUGGUGAAGGUUCUGAAAGCAUGUUGUCAGUUGGGAAUUCAGCACCAAGCUGUCUGCCUCCAUGGUUACUUGGUCACGAAUGGUUUUGAGAACAAGGUGUUUGUGGGUGCUGCCCUCGUGGACUUGUAUUCCAAGUGUGGCAACCUGGAUAGUGCUGUCCGAGUAUUCGGAAGCAUGGAUGAGAAAGAUGUGGUGCUAUGGAGUUCAAUGAUUGCAGGUUAUGGAAUUCAUGGCCUUGGUAGCAGAGCAAUUGCUACAUUUGAGCACAUGAUUAAAUCAUCAGUCAAACCUAACAAUGUUACAUUUGUAUCUAUCUUGUCUGCAUGCAGCCAUGCUGGAUUGGUUGAGGAGGGGAGAAGGAUUUUUGAUAGCAUGAACCAUGUUUAUGGGGUGGUGCCUGAUUCGGAGCAUUAUGGCAUCAUGGUUGAUCUGCUUGGGCGCAGUGGAGAAUUGCAUGAGGCCAUGAUGCUCAUAGAGCGUAUGCCGAAACCUGUUGGCCCUGAUGUUUGGUGUGCUUUGCUAGCUGGUUGUAGAAUACACCAGAACAUUGAGAUGGGCGAGUUAGUUGCAAAAAACUUACUGGAACUGCAACCUAACCAUGCUGGUUACUAUAAUCUUCUGUCUAAUAUGUAUGCUUUUGAUGGUAAGUGGGAUAAUGUGACAGAGGUUAGAACUGUGAUGGAGGAGAGAGGUUUAAGGAAAAUACCUGGGUAUAGUGCAGUUGAGGUUGGUAGUGAGGUUCACACUUUCUUGGCUGGUGACAGAUUGCAAGAAUGGGGGAGGAUUUAUGAGUUAUUGAAGGAAUUGGCAGUGAAGAUGGGGGAGGAAGGUUAUGUUCCUCUUGAGGAAGAAGGUUUGGUUGACUGCCAAAUAGAGGAGUGUUUGGUUGAGGCCUGUCUAUAAGGAGUUUCCCUGAAAGUGCAAAAUAUGUAACUGAAAAUUUUGUUUGUGGAAAUCUAUUCCUUGGGGCCUGGUCAUUUCUAGAACCUAAGAUAAUGGCCACUGAUCAACAGCUUUCGUCUUGCUUGCACUGGCCACCAACCUUAGGUUUAGACUCUCAUUGGCUGCCUCUAUGGGGACCCUAUGCUGGGUCCACUGUUGUGAUUCAAUUAAUCUUUUACCCACUGCCCACUGCUUACCUGGCACCACUCAAGUGAAGAAAAUCUUCAAGAUUUUUUCCCCUCAUCUGAUCAAAUAGGUAACUGAUGGUGGCUGGCUGCGAUGUGUGGCUGUGCAUGGGGCAUUUGGGGCCUUCAAUAUGAGAGGAGGAAGGCAUUGGAGAGCUUGAUCUGCGAAGGGGACACCCACUGCCUACAACAGAGGAAGGAAACACCAAAAUAGUCAGCUGGGGUCAAAUCAAGAAACUGAAGGGAGGUUACAUGUCUAGUCUCUAUGGAUACAAUGAUCUAUCACUUAACCAGCUAUCCAAUUGACCGGCUGAUUUCUUUUCCUAUAGAUGUGAGAAACCUCUAAGAAAAUUAAUUAAUAAUUAAAUGGCCACGUAAAUAUCCUUAAGCAUAGGAUGGUCGACAGGUGUCGUGUCUGUUGGGUUUUUGAGCCACUAAAAUAAGAAUGAGGGGAAAUAAGAAAAUGUUGAAAGGAAGGGCUCCGGAGCUGAGGGUCACCUCCUUGUGGCGUCACAUGUAAUGAUCCUCUGUUGGCCUGGUGUUGUGUACAAAGUCCUGUAAAAUAGUUGAUCUUGCUUAUGUUUUUUCGCUUUAGUGAAAAUAUAUUUAUUUUGAAUUCAUGACAAGAUAUUAGCUAGACGUAUGGCUAUAUAUUGGUAUCAAUAAUAAUCUUAUUCUUGUAUGAUAGAUAUGUAAUGUUAUAAAGAAAUAUGAAGUCUGUAAUGUAUUUACUAACUAAUAAAUUUUCUUGAUUGAAAUGCUAAACUUAUCCAAAAGAAAAGUGGACAAAGAACCAUGGUUUUCACCCUAGAAGAAAUAAAGACCUAAUAAUUAAUUUAAUAUAUCUUUUUCCAUCUCAAUGUGAUAAAUCCUCAUUCUAAAGGCAAGUGUGAAAUUGACUGGAUAAGUUGAUUCAAGCAAUUAGUUUGCUUGUGCUUUUGAAAAUGGAAGGACCUCUAACCUAAUUGAAGCUAUGAAGCCGUGAAUUUCAAAUAAACUGUAGAGAUAUGAUGUGGCACAGUGGCACAGAUACAGUCUUGGCCCGGUAAAGUUUAGUUGUCUAUAACACAAUUCAGAGAGAGCUUAUUUUCAUCUCUUCAUUUGUCUUCUUUUAUCCAUUGAGUUGAUAGUAUCAUUCAUAACCUUGAGAAACUAGAUCCUCUUAGUGCAAGCUUUAAAGCUUAAUCUUGAAAAAUAGAGCUAUUAAUGAAACAUUUAAGCAAGUGAGAAGCUGCAAUAAUAGAGGGUAGAGUGAUUAAAAACUGAUUGAGUUGAUAUGGUUGUGUGGUGCUCCAAAGAGAAUCGGGAUAAAGAGAGUGCUUAAAUAUGUAUGGAAAAAUUAUGGAAAAGAGGGAGGAAAAAAUCCAAGAAAGCUUUAAAGGUGUAAAUGGAAGCUAAAAAUAUUUUAAGCACAAGAAUUGUAUCCUUCAAAUGAAGAAAUCAUGAGGAAGGAUUCAUGAAGCUGACCCAAAUAAAUUAGGCAAUGCUUGUUUCAUGCUUAUGGUAAAUUGAUGUUACUAGUAAACUUUAUGAAUAGUUUCUCAUAUGUUUAUGCUUGACUUUAUGGAUUCUGCUUUUCCAAGAGUCCUUAAUCAAGGUCAAGUAGUGAACCCGUCUAGUUUAAGGUGUCUCUUUUUGCCUUCUUACUACUCUUGGAAAACCUUAUCAUUGUUUGCUGAAAUUUUCCUUUUAAUUACUCUCCUUGCAAAAGAUGUUUAAGUUUGUAUCCCUUCGGUUCUUCUUGGCCAUAAUUGAGUGAUCAUUAUUCCUGAAAAAUUAUUCAUAUUCAUAACUUUAUCUCCUUAAAAAAAACUUUUUCCAGUAUACCACUUAUAUGAAAUGUCAUCUAGGCGGAAUAGAGAGGGAAUGAGGCCCUUUUUUCUCAUUUAUGCUGCCAAAUAUUGUUUUUGGCCUGGUGGAAUAGGGUUAUAAUCUGACAAGGGAUAAGUAGGAGAGAGAGAGGGUACCAUUCUAUCAC